AUGUUCGGCAGUCGCGUGACAUCUACUGCCCGUGCGGCUGGCCGCACUGCGCACGGCCUCCGUUCUUUCGCGACGGCAGCGCCGACGACCACCACCGGUCGCAACCACAAGGUCGUGGUUGUGGGCGGCGGCUCCGCUGGUAUGGCCAUUAGCCACCAGCUGCUGCAAUCCGGCAAGUUUACCCAAGACGAGAUCGCUAUCGUGGACCCUGCGGAGUGGCACCACUUCCAACCCGGCUGGACGCUGGUUGGCGGCGGCCUGAAGAAUAAGGAAGAGCUGCGCCGGCCGCUUAAGAGCCUGGUCGACCCCAAACUGAAGCUCUACACUGAGAGCGUAUCCACCUUCUCCCCUGAAAACAACUUCGUCACGCUUGGCAAUGGCGACAAAGUCAACUAUGAACAGCUCAUUGUCGCUCCCGGCCUAACCCUCAACUGGGGCAACAUCAAGGGCCUGCAGGAGGCCCUGGCCGACCCAAGGGCCCCAGUCUCUUCGAUCUACGGCUACGACUCCGUCAGCAAGGUGUUCGGUACAAUCCAGAAGCUGGAGAAGGGCAAUGCCAUAUUCACCCAACCUGCCGGCGUUAUCAAGUGCGCCGGUGCUCCGCAGAAGAUCAUGUGGCUGGCGCUGGACCACUGGAAACGCCGCGGCUUGUACGAUCCGCGAGACGCCGCCAGCUCGCCCAUCCAAAUUAACUUCGCGACUGGCUUACCGGUUAUGUUCGGCGUGCCGAAGUACAACGCCGCUCUGACAAAGAUGCAGCAGGAACGCGGCGUGCACGCCCUGUUCCAGCACGACCUGGUUUCGAUCGAGGGUAACACGGCAACAUUCGCGCGGCCGGAUGGCGCCGCCCCGGUGCAGAAGGCUUUCGACCUACUGCACGUCGCACCGAAGAUGGGCGCGCCGGCUUUCGUCAAGAACAGCGUGCUUGCGAACGAAGCCGGUUUCGUCGACGUCGACGACAGCACCACCCAGCACAAGAAGUUCGCCAACGUCUGGUCCGCCGGCGACGCCUCUAGUCUGCCCACUUCCAAGACCAUGGCUGCAAUCACCUCGCAGUCCCCCGUGCUCGUACACAACCUCCUCGCGACGAUGGAGGGCAAGACUGCGGACGCCGUGUACGACGGAUACACCUCGUGCCCGCUCCUCACCGAAUAUGGCAAGGUGCUCCUCGCAGAAUUCAAGUAUGGCGGCCAGCCGAAGGAGACUUUUGGCGAGUUGUUUGGUAUCGACCAGGCCACGCCGCGCCGGGCGUUCUAUCACCUCAAGAAGGACUUCUUCCCGUGGGUGUACUACAAUGCGAUGGUUAAGGGCAACUGGGCUGGACCUAAGGGGUGGAUUAACUAG